AUGGGUCGUGGCUUUGUAAUCAUGAAUGAAUGCAAUAUUACACAAAAUAGAGUCAAAGGAAGUGUUUCAGGUUAUUAUAUAUCAUCAAUUACCUCUGAUUCAUACAUAACUUGUGUCAAUGUCAUUGAAAACAAUCAAAAACAAUAUAAUUUAAAUUAUCACUCAUCCUCUUCAUCAAUACUUAAAAUUACUUCAUGUAAUUAUAUAAGAAAUAGAAGUCCAACGGAAGGAUCUCUGAUUUAUUCUUCUUCUUCUAAUGUUUUCAUGAGUUAUUGUUUUAUUCAUGAGAAUGAAAUUCCUAUCAUUUUUUAUUUAUAUCAAUCUACUUUAACAUUCGAAAAUUCAACAACAGAUAAAAAUACAUCAUAUUCAUCAUAUGGAUAUCCAUCGCCAAUAUUUAAGAACACAGGUAUUUCAUUUGAAAAUGAAUGUCCUCUUUUGAAUAUUUCGACAACAGAUUUUGUCGAAUCAUUAAAAUAUAAAUGUCGUGAUUCCACUCCAAAUAAUGACGAAAACGAAGAAGAAAAUGAAAAUAAUGCUUAUGUUCAAAAUCAUGUUAAAUUUUCCUUUUAUUCAUGA